AUGCAAAUGAUUGCUAAACAUCUUACUCCUGCAUCGGCUGGAUCCUUUUUCCUCACUUGUCGACAAAUUGGCUUGGUGAUUGGAACGCAAUAUAUCGAUGGCUUGAAGACUUCGAAAGACGACACAAUAGAAUUUCUGAAUCUUCUGGAACAUGAUCUUCAAGAUCAAAUCGUUUGCACUUUGUGCAGAAAGCUUCAUAAAAUGCGAAUUGCUGAAAGAUAUGACAAAAAUUAUUACUGCUUGGAUGGAUAUACAACUGACCCAGAGAUUUCCGGACUUCCAGAAUUCGAAAGAAUACCAAGUUGUGUAAUAGACGAUGAUUUGCGCCAUUUCCACCGACUUUUUGGUAACGAUGCUCAAACCCAGCGGCUCUUAAGACUAUUGUCGGCACCCGAGAACUACGCUGUUGAUAAGUUUUGCAGAAGCUUGACCACAGAAAAGAGAGGAAAAUGCCGUAUCAAAAAUGGUUCCAUGGUCACACGGAAAUUCAUGAAUUACAGAUGGAAAUGUCAAAGUCUUGACGCACCUGGCUGUAUACCUAUUUGCUCUCAUCUGAAUCUCUGGAAAGUUGAUGAUAAGUUCUGCGACAGAUUAUACUGUGACUACGGUAGGCAUGAAGAUAUAUGGUCAGCGUCACAACCACCUUGUCAGAAAAACACCGGCACCGACGAGAACAACACAUCUCGACAUGUUCAUUCGCACCACAACCGAUACCUCAUCUCUCGCUGUAACACAGCACUGGCAAUCGUUGUUUACAAGCAGUUUGAGUCGGAGGAAGAUUGGAAAAGACAUCUACCACUUUAUGGUUCAGAUAACGUAGCAAGCGAACCGCUUGAGUUCUGCAAAGAGAAAAUCAGCUCUGUCUUUGAAGUGGAUGAUACUGGUUUUGGUCCUGGAUUUCCUUCUUGGAGUGAUUUUUAUCUUGCAUGGCAAAAAGUGUUUCUGGAUGAAGUGGAAUUGGGUUGUCUUGCGAUUAUAUUGUUACUAUUGUACUGGCAUAGUACAUAA